AUGGAGGUGUUCAAUUGUCAUGAUCCAAAUGUGGCUUUAUCUAAGUUGCACGGUUGCAAAUGGCACUACAUGCAAGCUGUAACUCAAAUUCAGAAAAACAGGAAAAUCGUGAAGGCUAAACAGGUGGGGACGUGGGAGAAGAAAUGCAAGGAAUUACUUCUACCGGACGGCCCCGGGGUGGAGGACCUUGACACAAGGUUCGAGGAAUUACGCCGGAUGUUCCCCCUAGCAAAGAGAUGGAUUGAAUGGUGGGGUGCAGCCGACAUUCAAGCCAUGCUCUUCCCUGCUAGGAAACGUAUGCCUUUGGAUGACCCGCCACUUCCUGGUGAAGAUAGUGACCCGGAAGAUGAAGGAGACGGCCCUCGACGACGAUCAGAGUUACCUUCCACGACGAAUGGACAAGAGUCCAUGCAUCGCGUAUAUUACACUUUGUGUUUUACUGAAGAUCAGUUACCUACAGUGAAGGUCGAUGUGGAAUAA